UGCUCGUCUGCCCAUCAUCAUCAUUCUCUCAUCGUCGGGGUCUGGCUGGCUCGCUGGGAUAGCAGAAAUUGCUGGUUGUUGUAUUUGCAUCGGAACUAUCAAAACUCAAUCGCUUUGGCUGAAGGAUGUGGGAUUAAAAGAGAAUAAAAGGUCAAAAUACCUCCCUGGAUUUAAUUUGUUCCACGAUACUGCCACUACUUCGAAAUGUCGGGGAAAAUAGAGAGUAAACCAGACUCCCAACGCUCCCAUUUGUCUUCCUUCACCAUGAAGCUUAUGGACAAGUUCCACUCUCCCAAAAUCAAAAGGACACCCUCAAAGAAAGUCAGUAAGCCGCCUUUAGAACAUGGCGUCAAGACUGCGGAGAAACCUGCUAACAAGAGUCUGAGUCGGUUAGAGGAGCAAGAGAAAGACGUGGUCAGUGCCUUGCGUUACUUCAAGACCAUCAUUGACAAGAUGGCGGUGGACAAGAAGGUGCUGGAGAUGUUACCAGGCUCUGCCAGUAAGGUCCUGGAGGCCAUCCUGCCUUUAGUCCAAGUGGAUGCAAGGAUCCAGCACAGCUCGGGGGUGUCCUCCUGUCUGAACCGUGUGUACCAGAGUCUGGGCAAUCUCAUCCGUUGGUCUGACCAAGUCAUGCUGGAGGGGGUCAACCUGGAAGAUAAAGAAACCAUCGUUACCGUCACCACUGUGAUCAAGGCAGUGCUUGAUGGUGUUAAGGAGCUAGUGAAACUGACCAUAGAGAAACAGGAGCAUCCUUCCCCCACGUCUCCUGUCAAACCAGUGCCAGUGGCCACCCCACCCGAGAGUGCUGCUGAGCCGCCUGCCAAUGAGAAGGAGAGUCUGGACAAGAGCUCAGCCACGUCCCAAUCUAUGGAAGCCCUGACUGAACCCACUGGAGAGGAGGAGGAGGAAGAAGAGGUGGUGGCCCCAGCAAAACCCCCUCUCCCUGGCCUCAAGAUGGCUGAACACAAUCCUCCUGCUCUGCCUCCGAAGAAGCGCCAGUCUGCCCCCUCACCCACCCGGGUGGCAGUAGUGGCCCCCAUGAGCCGCGCCACCAGUGGCUCCAGUCUUCCCAUGGGCAUCGGCCUCCACAAACAGGAGUUCGAGGUGGAUGCCCUGCAGCGGCGCUUCUCUGGGGGCAGCCAUUACUACGGAGGGGAGUCGCCGCGCAUAUCCCCCUGCAACAGCAUGGGCAAGCUGAGCAAGUCCGACGGGCAGCUGUCCUGGACAAUGGACAGUGGGCAGUGCUCACGCAACACCAGCAGUGAGGCUCUGGACACCACAGACCACUACGACCCGGACUACGACUUCCUGCACCAGGACCUGUCCAGCUUGGAGCAGAUGACUCCUGUGCCAGUGGGAGCGUGCCUCAGCCCCCUGCCUGAGUCCCACAGCGAGUCUUCCUGCCCUGGCCCCGGUCCGCCUCUGGCACAACUCCACUUCAGCUCCCUCCAGGGCUGCUCCGUGACUUCCGCCCUGCCGCCCCCUGCCCUGCCAGAAAAGAAGCGCAGAGGUGGCGCCUGCUCAGGCUUUUCCGACGGCUCCUACUCGGGCUCAUCCUGGUGCGUUUCCUUUGAGCGCCACCCAUCCCAGUACGACAACCUCAUGGAGGAGGACCUACCGCCUGUGCCCCCCUUUCCCCUGUUCACGCCCGACAUCUUGCCCCUGUGCCACACCGCCGGGGGGUUUGUGUCUGAGUUCAGCGGCAGCGAGACGACAGACGUACCUCAGAGUCCACCGCCACUCCCUGAGAAGAAGAGCCGUCACAUACUGAAGUACAUGCAGUUUGUGGAAGACUACUCGGAGCCCCAGCCCUCAGUUUUCUACCAGAUGCCACAGAGCAAGAGCAUCUAUGAGCAACGCAACAAGCACUUCCAGGAAGUCUACGGCUUCAAUGACUCGUUUAGCAGCAGCGACUCUGUCCACGAGCCCCUCCCACCCCCGGCACUGCCACCCAAACAGAGGCAGCUGAGCAUGGACCUAGCGGCCCCGGGCAGUGGCAGCCCUGACCCUGUGCUGGUGGCCAACGGCUCUCUGGACAGCUCUCUUGCUAUCGGUCUUCUCACUGACUCUUCUUUCUCUGACACUCGUCAAACCUCUUUGAGCGAAAGCGCUAACGAGGAAGGCGGGGAGGGAGAGUACGUUAAUCUGUACACAUCCAGCCAAGCCAACGGAGAUGGGCUCUCCCGCCGAGACUCGUCUGCCAUAGAUGACUUAUUGGAGGACACUGCCUCAGAGAACCCACUGUGCAAUAACAAGGACAUGUCUGAUGACCGCCGAAGACAAAAGUCGUCUGAAGAUGGGCAGAGUAGCGAGGAGACGGAUGAGCUUUCCCUCAUCGAUCACAUGGAGAUCAUGUCCCGGUUAACACUAAAGCAGGAGAACGAUGAUGGUCCAGAUGUCCGAGCCGGAUCGGGGGAUAUUUUAUUAGUCCACGCCACAGAAACGGACCGCAAAGAUCUUGUCUUGUACUGUGAGGCUUUCCUGACGACAUACAGAACGUUCAUAACCCCAGAGGACCUUAUCAAAAAGCUGCACUACAGAUACACCAGGUUUUGUCACUGCCCAGAUACAUUCAAGAAGAAAGUCAGCAAAAACACCUUCUUUGUUCUUGUCCGUGUGGUGGACGAGCUGUGUCUGGUGGAGAUGACGGAGGACAUCCUGAUGCAGCUGAUGGACUUGGUGUUCAGGCUGGUGUGUAACGGUGAGCUGAGCCUGGCCCGCGUCCUCCGCACAAACAUCCUGGACAAGGUGGAGCAGAGGAGGCUGCUGCGCUACACCUACUCGCUCAAACCACUGGCCGCAAGAGGUGUCGCCGCCAGACCUGGGACCCUGCACGACUUCCGAAGUCAUGAGAUCGCCGACCAGCUAACUCUCCUGGAUGCAGAGCUCUUCUACAAAAUUGAGAUCCCUGAGGUGUUGCUUUGGGCUAAGGAGCAGAACGAGGAGAAGAGUGCCAACCUCACACAGUUCACAGAGCACUUUAACAACAUGUCCUACUGGGUACGGUCCAUAAUCAUUCUGCAAGAGAAAGCCCAGGACCGAGAAAAGCUCCUCCUCAAAUUUAUCAAAAUAAUGAAGCACUUACGGAAGCUAAAUAAUUUCAACUCAUAUUUGGCUAUAUUAUCUGCCUUGGAUUCAGCUCCCAUCCGAAGACUGGAGUGGCAGAAAACAACCUCAGAGGGCCUAGAGGAAUACUGCACGUUAAUAGACAGUUCCUCGUCGUUCCGGGUCUACCGAGCGGCACUGGCAGACGUGGAGCCCCCAUGUAUACCAUAUCUGGGUCUUAUCCUCCAGGACUUGACCUUUGUCCAUCUGGGCAACCCUGAUCAAAUCAACGGGAAGGUCAACUUCUCCAAGCGCUGGCAGCAGUUCAACAUCCUGGACAGCAUGAGGCGCUUCCAGCAGGUGCAUUAUGAUCUGAAACACAACGACGAUAUUGUCUCCUUCUUCAACGACUUCAGCGACCACCUGGCAGAGGAGGCUCUGUGGGAGCUGUCUUUGAAGAUCAAACCUCGGAACAUUACGCGGCGCAAAACAGAGCGCGAAGAAAAUACAUAGGAACAUGUCCCACUGUAUUGGGCCUUGGGUCAAACUCUUCAUGAUUACAAGAGACUACAAACGAGAACUGUGAAGGCAGCUAAAAGACUGGGAUGUUUUUUUGUUAGUAGUUUACAGGACCUCUCCGACUUAGGAUUCUCUGUUGUGGAUUGCACUGGGUCUCAGUCCGUGUGUGAGUAAAGCCAGUGAGAUAGACACUGUGCAGAGCACAAAGUGUUGGGAGGCUCGCAAAAAGAUUCCUCAUGUUCACCUUUGUCGCCAACCUCAUCCACCCAAUGCCAUAUUAUGGGUAUAGUCCAAGCAUUUCAGGAUCUCACAACCAGAGACAUUGUCCUGACUAAAACCAUAUCAUACUGAUGUGUGCCAAGGGAAACACCACUCAGUUUAGGCUUCUUUUUUUAUAUGGGACACCAGCCCUUUUUUUGAUGACAAACUGGGAUACCAUAACACCUGACAUGGCAGAGAACUGCUGUUGGUGGUGCAGAACUUUGAGAAAAAUACCUCAAAUCACCCCGGUCUGCUUCAAGACUACUGGUGGUAAAGAUAUUACUGAUGCACACAAGACUGAAUUUUGUAGUUCAAGGAAGUGUUGUAUGAUACUGUCUGACUGAUGCAAUGCAGUUUUCCUUUUGUUCUUUAAAAGGAUAUUUCAGAAAUGGGGAGAAGUGAUAUGAAGUUUAUAUACAGUACCAGUCAAAAGUUUGGACACACCUACUCAUUCAAGUGUUUUUAUUUAUACUAUUUUCUACAUUGUAGAAUAAUAGUUGAUAUCAAAACUAUGAAAUAACAAAAAAAAUGUUUUACCUUUAUUUAACUAGGCAAGUCGGUUAAGAACAAAUUCUUAUUUACAAUGACUGCCUACCCCGGCAAAACCCGGGCGAUUCUACCAAUCACGGCCGGAUGUGAUACAGCCUGGAUUCAAACCAGGGACUGUAGUGAUGCCUCUUGCACUGAGAUGCAGUGCCUUAGACUGCUGUGCCACUCAGAUCCCACAUACUGUAUGGAAUCAUGUAGUAACCAAAAAAGAAAAAGUGUUAAACAUGUCAAAAUAUAUUUUAUAUUUGAGAUUUUUCAAAGUAGCUACCCUUUGCCUUGAUGAUAGCUUUGUACACUCUUGGCAUGCCUUAAAAGUUCAUUUGUGGAAUUUCUUUCCUUAAUGCAAUUGAGCCAAUCAGUUGUGUUGUGACAAGGUAGGGGUGGUAUACAGAAAAUAGCCAUAUUUGGAAAAAGACCAAGUCCAUAUUAUGGCAAGAACAGCUCAAAUAAACAAAGAGAAACGACAGUCCAUCAUUACUUUAAGACAUGAAGGUCAGUCAAUCUGGAAAAUGGCAAGAACUUUGAAAGUUUCUUCAAGUGCAGUUGUAAAAAACCAUCAAGCACUAUGAUGAAACUGGCUCUCAUGAGGACUGCCACAGGAAAAGAACACCCAGAGAGUUACUACCUUUGCUGCAAAGGAUAAGUUCAUUAGAGUAAACUGCACCUCAGUUUGCAGCCCAAAUAAAUGCUUCACAGAGUUCAAGUAAGAACACAUCUCAACAUCAACGGUUAAGAGGAGCCUUCAUGGUCAAAUUGCUGAAAAGAAACCACUACUAAAGGACACCAAUAAUAAGAAGAGACUUGCUUGGGCCAAGAAACACGAGCAAUGGUGGAAAUACCUCCUUUGGUCUGAUGAGUCCAAAUCUGAGAUUUUUGGUUCCAACCGCCUUGUCUUUGUGAGAUGCAGAGUAGGUGAACGGAUGAUCUCCGCGGUUCCCACCGUGAAGCAUGGAGGAGGUGUGAUGGUGCUUUGCUGGUGACACUGUCAGUGAUUUAUUUAGAAUUCAAGGCACACUUAACCAGCAUGGCUACCACAGCAUUCUGCAGUGAUACGCCAUCCCAUCUGGUUUGCGGUUAGUGGGACUAUCAUUUGUUUUUCAACAGGAUAAUGAACCAACACACCUCCAGGCAGUGUAAGGGCUAUUUUACCAAGAAGGAGAGUGAUGGAGUGCUGCAUCAGAUGACCUAGCCUCCACAAUCACCUGGCCUCAACCCAAUUAAGAUGGUUUGGGAUGAGUUGGAAAAGCAGCCAACAAGUGCUCAGCACAUGUGGGAACAUAUGUGCAAAGCUGUCAUCAAGGCAAAGAGUAGCUACUUUGAAGAAUCUCAAAUAUAGAAUAUUUUGAUUUGUUUAACACUUUUUUGGUUACUACAUUAUUCCAUGUGUUAUUUCAUAGUUUUGAUGUCUUGUUCUACAAUGUACAAAAUAGUCAAAAUAAAGAAAAACCCUUGAAUGAGGUGUCCAAACAUUUGACUGGUGCACUUAAAAAUCGAACAAACACCUCACGAGUGGCGCAGAGGUCUAAGGCACUGCAUCGCCAUGCUUGAAGCGUCACUACAGACCCAGGUUCGAUCCCAGGCUGUGUCACAACCAGCUGUGACCAGGAGUCCCAUAGGGCGGCGCGCAGUGGGCCCAGCAUCGUCCGGGUUAGGGGAGGGUUUAGCCGGGAGGGGCUUUACUUGUCUCAUCGCGCUCUAGCAACUCCUUGUGGUGGGCCGGGUGCCUGCAGUCUGAUUUCGGUUGUCAGUUGAACAAUGUUUCCUCCGACACGUUGGUGCAGCUGGCUCGGGUUAAGCGGGCGGGUGUUAAGAACCGCAGUUUGGCGGGUCAUGUUUCGGAGGACACAUGACCUGACCUUCGCCUCUCCUGAGCCCGUUGGAGAGUUGCAGUAAUGAGACAACAUUGCAAUUGAAUAUCACACAAUUGAGGAGAAAAAGGGGAUAAAAUAGAAUAUAAAAUAAAACAUUAAUGAACAAAAAGGUGAUGUGAUUUGUGUCAAGGGAUCUAUACAUAGCAGUGAACAUUACAGCAAUCAUAAGUGGACCUUAGGCAAGCAUGUCCAUAACAAGUCUCUCUCAAAGACUGAGGGACACCUCAAUGCCAAACGAAGCAAAUACAAGAUGGUACAUUAUCCCUUGACAGAAUCAAUCCUACCAGACCACAGAUCCCUGUGCAAGUAAAUAAAACCUGCAGUAUUUCUACAUGUUGUGUGUGCAUAAUUUAUUCCUCUCUGCCAUAGUCAUCCCGUGCAGUGUGCAAAUAGAUGGCAUCAAGUAAGCAUAGAAUGAAUGGAGGGUCAAUGGAGGUUUUCCUUAUGAAUAAAACAUUUCUAAUGGCAAUCAUGCCUGAAAUAUGUCAGUCAGAACAUACUUGGAAAAAUCUGUCCCGUACCAUUGGACAAUUUUUCUCCCCAUUUCAUUGAAGAAGUGAACCUUUUGAGUCUCAAAUUAAUUACAGUACCAAAGACAGAGUAGAGGGCGCAAAGUCAGUGCACCGAUGUAUUCCAGUGUAACCACAGGAGAUUCCCUAAAAACACACCACUUCGAUACAGCUACAACCGGACGUGACUUUUUCGCAGCAAGUUACAACUUAAGCUGCAGGUUUGGAGAAUUAGUUUAGGGUUAGUGUCUAACCGUCUACAAAGUCACUUCCAGUCAUAGCUGUAUCAAAGUGCCGUUUUUAGGGAGUCCCGGCAGCAGGGCUGUCCAUCCGUGAGACCAUGAAUCAGUAGUCGACUUGAGGGUCUGCUGCUGUGGAGACAGCCUCUAAUUGUUCUACCACUGUAAACGUAAUUUGAGUUGAGUAAUUUCAUACAAGCGUGUUGUCCACAUUCAGUCUCCUCGCCACCUCUCCUUGAUUGCCUUUUACAAAUGGAGGCGAGAGGGGACAGAGGAGUUGAGCAAAUCAAAUUGAGAAGAGGAGUAGUGCUAUCUGGGAUUUUUGUGUCGUCCCUACCCUUCCCUCAUAAAUAAGUACUACUCAACUCUACUAUACAAAACCUACUGGUUUUACUACAUGAUUGCUUUUGAGAUGUGUAUAAACCACUGCUACUUAAGUAGUUUUUGGGUAUAUCUGUACUUUACUAUUUAUAUUUUUAACUACUUUCACUCAAUAUAUUUUCCCUAAAAUUAUGUCAGUGUUGGAGUGUGCCCCUGACUAUCCGUAAAAAAAAAAGAAUUGUGUGAUCUGGUUUUCCUAAUAUGGAAUUUAAAAUGAUUUGUACUUUUACUUUUGAUAGUUAAGCAUGGUUCAAAUCAAAUACUUAUAGACUUUUACUCAAGUAUAGCAGUUGGGUACUUUAUCCACCACUGACCAGUAGUGAUUUACACUACCGUUCAAAAGUUUGGGGUCACUUAGAAAUGUCCUUGUUUUUUAAAGAAAAGCACAUUUUUUGUCCAUUAAAAUAACAUCAAAUAGAUUUUUUUAUGGACUACCUACACAAUUAUGUUAGCACAGCUGAAAACUGUUUUGCUGAUUAAAGAAGCAAACAAACUGGCCUUCUUUAGACUAGUUGAUUAUCUGGAGCAUCAGCAUUUGUGAGUUUGAUUACAGGCUCAAAAUGGCCAGAAACAAAGGACUUUCUUCUGAAACUCAGACUAUUCCAUGCGAGAAAUUGCCAAGAAACUGAAGAUCUGGUACAGCGCUGUGUACUACUCCCUUCACAGAACAGCACAAACUGGUGCUAACCAAAAUAGAAAGAGGAUUGGGAGGCCCCAGUGCACAACUGAGGAAGAGGACAAGUACAUUAGUGUCUAGUUUGAGAAACAGAUGCCCCACAAGUCCUCAACUGGUAGCUUCAUUAAAUAGUACCUGCAAAACACCAGUCUCAAUGUCAACAGUGAAGAUUAGACUCCGGGAUGCUGGCCUUCUAGGCAGAGUUCCUCUGUCCAGUGCCUGUUCUUUUGCCCAUCUUAAUCUUUACUUUUUCUUUGCAACUGCCAAGUGCAUAUUUUAUUAACUCAAGUUUCUAACUAGUUAUAUCAAACAAGAAAUACGAUUAUGCAAAUGUUUUAUUUUAUUAAAUUAAUUUGAGGCCUUGUCUUCAUUCAGCUUUGA